AGCGUGCACGCCGAAAUCUGGUUCGCACAGCAGCAUGGCAGAAGACUUGCAGUCGUCGUGGUUGCAUUAUGCUUCAAGCUCGACUGUUGCACCUGUUAUCGAUGACAUGCACGGGCUGAGAUCGGAAAAUUGCAAUAAUCAAAGCUGGGAUCAGCAUCACCACUCGAGCUCAUUCGACGUCUGCGAUGAGGAUUGCGAGAUAUGCUGCAAUCAGGGCGCGUCAUUCUAUGAUUUAGCUCCCAGCCAUCAUGAAACACCAGACUUUUUCACUGCAUCUGGGCACUUCAGCUCCAAUAUUGUCUCCGAAUCAGACAACGUCAGCAACACUUCAGCUUCGUGGCCUCCGCAGCAAUGCUCUACGGAGUCGUGGAGUCCAGAGCCCUUGCUCAGAAACGCAUGGACAGAAGAAGAGCAUAAUCUUUUUCUGGCUGGCUUGGAGAAGUACGGUGAUCUGCGAAUGAAUUCGAAGAGAAGGGGCAACAAGAGCGUGGGAUUGGGAGAAGGGGUAGCGCAACUGAUUUCUUUGCACGUCAGAACUCGCACAGCUUCGCAAGUCCGGUCUCAUGCGCAGAAGUAUUUCAGCCGACUCAACAAGACUCACCAAGACACUUCUGGCAAAUAAAUGCUUGUAAAUUUCAA